CAUUGUAAAUAUUUUUUAUAAUCGCUUAACGUUUAAAAUAUAAAUAUUUCUAAAAAAUUUAAUACAUAAGUACUACCUAUCUACCUACAUACUUAUACGCAGUAGCUUUAAUAUUACAUUAUUUAAAUAGUUUUACAUAUAGCAUUAAAUUGUUCGCGAGUGCCUUUAAUCUUUGUGAAUAUGUAGAUUCAAUUUAAACAUUUUGAAUGAAGGGUCGAUGAUUUCAAAUUUGAGCUUCUGUUUAUUAUCAAUCUGUAUAUUCAAUGCAAUUGUACGAAGUAAGUUAAGAAUUGUUACUGAAAGAGAAACUUGACAAUCAUCAAUAAUGAACUCACUAACAUUGAAACCGGGUAUUAAUUUGAAAAUCGAAAGCAAACAUUCAAAUUUUUUAAAUGACCAGACUCCCACUCCUACAACCAGAUUGAUAAAAAAUUGUGAAGAAGUUGGCUUAUUUGAUGAUCUAAAACAUGUUAAUCCGUUUGACGAAACAUUCAGACGGGCUGUAGAAGAAUCCACUGUAUUGACUAAUGAAAAGAAUACUAACAAUUUAAAUUUACCUUCCAGCGAAGACACUUUGCAUACGCCGCAUAUUAUUUAUGAUGACAACAGUAACUCAAAACAUGCAACUAACAAAGAUUUUGAAGUGAAUAAAGAUCAAUUAAUUUCGUUGAAAACAUCUUGUAGAAACAGAGUUUCAGAAAAUUCUAGGGACAUGAAAAAAAGUUCCAAACUUCCACUAAAGAACAAUAGAAAAAUUACUCAUAAGAAACUAAGAAUGCUUUUACCGAACCCUAAACAAAUUAACGUGAAAACUAUUCAACCUCAAAUUAUUUCCUUGAAUUUUCAAGGACAAAUUGAAAACGCAAUAAAAACUUCAAAAACCAUUGUAGGGAAAGCAAGUAUUAAUAAUGAAAGUAAUGGCAAAUCUUCAUAUUUGAUAAAAAAGAAACUUAAAUCUAUUAUAAAAUGUAAAAGUGUAGAUAAAAUGGAAACGAAUGAGAGUGAUAUAAAUGAAAAUAAAAAUAACCUGGCUUACAAAAGUGCAAAGGAAAGAAAAAGAGCAGCUUCAAUGCGAUAUCGUAGCAAGAAACAUAACGAAAUUUGUGAAUUGAGAAAACGUUUGUCUGAGUUAUUGUCUGAAAACCUAUUUUUUAAAGAACAAAUUAAACAACUUCAACAUAUACUUUUUACCCAGCAUUCUAACUGUAAUGUGACAAAACAGCAAUUAGAAAAAAGUCCUAAUGAAAAUUUGAGUGAAACAUUAAAAGGUUCAACUCCUAUUAUUCAUAUACCCUCUUCAACUUUGGUGCUGAAUAUUCCUAAAAUUAUUAUACAACAAAAAGCAGAAAUUUUUGAUAUGGUUUCAAAAAAUUAAAUGUAUGCAUAUUACAUACAUAUAUCAUACUUAGCUACGUGUAUUGUCUGACUUUAUACAUAUUGUGUAAUUCUAAAAACGCUGCUUUUAUAACACGGCUGACAAAAGUGCAGGUUUGGAUACUAGAGAGUCAAUUCAUCAGCGGAAAUAAAUGGCAAUUUUAUGAGUUAUGAAAGUCGAAAACGGACACUUCACCUUUUUACGAAAAAAAUUUUCACGUUUUAGACUACUUUGUGAAUAAAAAAGUCCAAAUACAAACGGAAAAUAUGCAUAUCACAUAAAUGAAAAAAAAAGAAAACUACAUAUAUUUCAGGCGUCAUUUCUUUAAAAUAAUUCUACAUUUAUUAGGAGUGCAUAUUUUGUCAGCCAUGAUUUAUACCGUAACCGAAAUAGACUAUAUUGUAAUGUAACUGUCAAAUAAAAUUGUGACGAUUAUACCGAACAGAUAUCGAGUAUGUAUUAAUUAAAAAUUAAUUAACAAAGGUUAAAAUAUAAAAUCACUUUUUUAUUAUUAUAAUAAAUUGAACUUCCAAAUCA